AUGGCGACUCGUCGCAGAGAGUACACACGGAAGACAAGGACUGUUCAAGUGCGGAAAUGCUGGCCGUUCUCCGGAGAUCUUAUUCAAUCGGUUCUUCCUCCGAUCACCGUCGCUAAAUUCCGGUGGUGGUCGCAUGAGCUAACUUCGCUUCUAGCGAAAUCUCCGGUGACGGUAGACGAUUCCGAGCCGGCGUUUCGUCGGAAGCCCAAACCUAAGUCUAGACCGUGUAAGAAACGCUCCAUCGUCGAGAUUUUCGCGGCGGCGCCGCCGAUUCAGUUACCUCGCAGGGAAGAUGAAAGGGAUGACGAUUCGGACGUUUUAAUGGGGGGAAAGAGAAAGAGAACGAAAGAUCUUAUGGUGAAGAAGAAGAAGAUUAAAAGCAAUAAGUCCAAAGAUUCCGGCGACCGGAAAUAUGCUAACAAGGUUAAAAAUUGCAAAGAACAAGUUGGAGAAAUUGUGGAUGGUGGUGAGAAAUGUAGUCUUGGUGUUAAUGGAAGCUCUGGUGUUAUGUUUCUUAGUAGCAACAAGGAUGGAUCAGUAAGAAAAGAUCAGGAUUCUGAGUUUCAGAUUCCUGGGAUUUUGAAGGCGAAACGAAAAGUUUGCUCUGUGAGGAAUUCUGAUAAGUGGAAAAUUUAUGCUCCUCAGUGUUAUGAGAGGCAUGUCAGGUUCUCUGAUCCAGCUCAGCUGAAGAAAGAUUUCGCCUCUAUGGAGCUUUGCUGCUUGGAAAUGAACCGGUUGAGUCUCUUUUCCCCCGAGGAUCGAUCGUGUGUAAGCGAUAAGAAGACCAAGGUUGUGUUAAAUGAUCAGUUGAGUGCCGGUAUGAAGUUAGAAUGUAUGCAACAAAGCAAGUUUCAGCCUGCGGCUUCAGAAAGACGGUUAAGUCAUGCUCGAGGAAAACCUGUCUUGCAGUGUGUUCCUGGACCAUAUCCUAGUUCACAGGAAAGAGUAAAAGGACAUGCGGCUCAACCUGUCCAAUCAUUUACCUCUACAUCGAGUGAGAGCCAGUGCAGAACUGAACCUACUUCAACAGAUAUGCAUUGCCGGACAUUGCUGUACCAAUCACCUUUUGAUCCACUUCUAGUUGAAAGGAUGCAAAAACCUUUUUUAUAUAGGCAUGUGGACGAGUCGAUCUUACAAGGUGAGCUAGUUGAAGCAAACAGAGAAGGUUGUAGAAGUUUUGAUCGGUCAGGUUUAGUUACUGGUUCCUCUAGAUUUGCAUCUGCAGGAAAUGAUCUUUUACUCGGGAACUUAGUCGACUUUUCAAGUGGAAAGAAUCAUUCAACUGAGCCAGCAAUUGCCAAAGACAGGAUCCCAGUGCUCAACGAGAGACGCCGGUAUUACUUUCCAGCUAGGCUAGGAGUUGAUGAAACCUUCACUGAGAAAGCAUCUUCCAUCUCAAACAAUAACGAGGGAGAGUUCGGUCAAACUGUACAUUCCCAAGUUUCUCAAGUCAAUCUGAUGAGCAACACAAUCAAUUUGUCAAAGCAGCAGAAUGGUCUGAAUCAGAACAUAAAUAUGGUUGCAAAUCCUGAUGGUUUGUGUUUACAUAACACUCAACCAAGAAUGCGACUGAUGGGUAAGGAUGUUUCUGUUGGCACAAGUUACUCAGAUAUGGUUAGAAAGGGCGAGAGGGUCGUAGCACCGACGCAUACUCACCAGAGCUGGCUAUGUCAAAGGAUAACACUUGGAAUUUCAGAAAAUUACUCACUGGAUAAGAAUUGGAACAUAACUAAAUUGUGUGAUACUUCAGAGGAUCCAUUUCCUUUGUUUUGUGAACCACAUAUCAGCUUGGCUACUCAAGCAGGAACAGCUUUUGUUCCUGAUUCAGAAUUUCCUCCCACAAUCUUGUAUCCGUGUGGUUCACUCGUGUCGUCUUGUCCAUUGACUGAUAAGGUCAAUUAG